AUCCCCCGAUCUGUGUUGCCGUUCUGGCUGUACCGGAGAAGUUGGAGGCCUGAGCGGUGAUCUGGCUCUGUACCCGUUUCUGAGCGGCGCAGUACCGGGGCACAGCACGCGGACGGUCCGAGGCGGAGAACAGUAGGGCGGUACGCGGGAACAGCGGGUGGUGUGAGGAGCGGCCUCGAGAUGCCGAGCGUCAGCCUCCCGCCUAAAGAGAACGCGCUCUUUAAAAGGAUUCUGAGAUGUUACGAGCACAAACAAUAUCGAAAUGGGUUGAAAUUUUGCAAGCAGAUCCUGUCCAAUCCCAAAUUUGCAGAACAUGGAGAAACGCUGGCGAUGAAAGGAUUGACUUUGAACUGCCUUGGGAAGAAAGAGGAUGCGUAUGAACUAGUUCGAAGAGGGCUGAGGAAUGACCUCAAGAGCCAUGUCUGCUGGCAUGUAUAUGGCCUCUUGCAAAGAUCAGAUAAAAAAUAUGACGAGGCGAUCAAAUGUUAUAGGAAUGCCCUAAAAUGGGAUAAGGACAACCUUCAAAUCCUGAGGGAUCUCUCUUUACUGCAAAUCCAAAUGCGGGACCUGGAAGGUUAUAGGGAAACCAGGUACCAAUUAUUGCAGCUGAGGCCUGCACAGCGGGCAUCGUGGAUUGGUUACGCUAUUGCUUAUCAUUUGCUAGAAGAUUACGAGAUGGCAGCAAAGAUUCUGGAGGAGUUUCGCAAGACCCAGCAGACCUCCCCAGACAAGGUGGAUUAUGAGUACAGCGAACUGCUGCUUUAUCAGAACCAAGUUCUGCGAGAGGCAGAGCUCUUUAAAGAGGCUCUUGAUCAUCUCUGCACCUAUGAGAAACAGAUCUGUGAUAAACUUGCAGUCGAAGAAACAAAAGGGGAUUUGCUGCUAAGAUUGGGGCGGUUAGAAGAGGCUACAGCGGUGUACCGAGCCCUGCAGGAUAGGUGCCCAGAAAACUGGGCAUAUUACAAAGGUUUAGAGAGCUCUCUUAAACCUACUAGCAUGGAUGAGAGACUGAAGGUCUAUGAGGACAGCUGGAAUAAAUACCCAAAAGGAUUGGUGCCAAGGAGACUGCCAUUAAACUUCCUAACCGGUGGGAAGUUUAGAGAGUGUCUUGACAAAUAUCUGAGGAUGAAUUUUAGCAAAGGCUGUCCUCCUGUUUUCAAUACCUUGAGAUCACUGUACUGCGAUAAAGAGAAGGUGACGAUUAUUGAAGACCUAGUAGUUGGUUACGAGACUUCUCUGAAGAGCUGCCGGUUAUUUAACAUUAAUGAUGAUGGGAAAGAAGAGCCACCAACGACUUUGCUGUGGGUUCAGUACUAUUUGGCGCAGCACUAUGACAAGAUUGGCCAGCCAUCCCUUGCCCUGGACUAUAUUAACGCCGCCAUUGAAAGUACACCAACUCUGAUAGAACUAUUCUUAGUGAAAGCUAAAAUCUACAAGCAUGCUGGUAACAUCAAGGAGGCUGUGCGGUGGAUGGACGAGGCCCAGGCUUUGGACACAGCGGACAGGUUUAUCAACUCCAAAUGCGCAAAGUACAUGUUAAAGGCAAACAUGAUCAAAGAGGCUGAGGAAAUGUGCUCAAAGUUUACAAGGGAAGGGACAUCAGCAGUGGAGAACCUUAAUGAGAUGCAGUGCAUGUGGUUCCAGACGGAGUGCGCACAGGCCUACAGAUCCAUGAACAAAUACGGAGAAGCACUUAAGAAAUGCCACGAAAUUGAAAGACAUUUUGUGGAGAUUACAGAUGACCAGUUUGACUUCCACACCUAUUGUAUGAGAAAAAUUACCCUCAGGUCGUAUGUGGACUUGCUCAAGUUAGAAGAUGUGCUUAGACAGCAUCCAUUCUACUUCAAAGCUGCACGGAUUGCUAUAGAAAUUUAUUUGAAACUUCACGAUAACCCAUUAACAGAUGAGAACAAGGAGCGUGAAGCAGACACGGCCAAUAUGUCUGACAAAGAACUUAAAAAACUUCGUAACAAGCAGAGAAGAGCACAGAAGAAAGCCCAGUUAGAGGAGGAGAAGAAGAAUGCAGAGAAAGAGAAGCAGCAGCGGAACCAGAAGAAGAAAAAGGAAGAUGAUGAUGAGGAAAUAGGGGGACCGAAGGAAGAGCUUAUUCCGGAAAAGCUGGCCAAGGUUGACAGCCCACUGGAAGAAGCCAUUAAGUUUUUAAUGCCUUUAAAGAAUCUGGUGAAGAACAAGAUUGAGACCCAUCUGUAUGCCUUUGAAAUUUACUUUAGGAAAGAAAAGUUCCUGUUGAUGUUGCAAUCUGUGAAGAGGGCAUUUGGCAUGGAUCCCAACCACCCUUGGCUUCACCAGUGUCUGAUCCGCUUCUUUUGCGCAGUAUCCGAUAGCAAAGAACUCAACGAAUCUAUUAGAACAGUAUUAAAGCAAGAAAUGAACAGACUCUUUGGAGAAACAAGUCCAGAAAAUUUUAACAACUCUUUCCUGAAAGAAAAUUCCAAGUCGAUACCCCACAGACUAGCAGCUGCCAAGAUGAUGUAUUAUCUGGAUAGUUCAAGCCAGAAACAAGCUGUCGAGCUGGCUACAGCCCUUGAUGAAACCCUGGAUAAUAGAAGUCUUCAGACCUGUACAGACGUACUAGAAGCCUUACGCGAUGGCAGCUUAGACUGCAAAGAGGCUGCUGAAUCUUAUCGAGCCAGCUGCCACAAGCUAUUCCCUUAUGCUUUAGCUUUCUUGCCACCUGGAUCUGAAGAGGACAUGACUGUCACAAUUAAUGGCGAUAGUUCUGCAGAACAAGAGGAACUGGCCAAUGAAAUGUGAACGAACGUCUAAUGAACAGACAUUGGACCAUAUCAACUAUCUAAUAUUUUUGUCACGCACCUGCUGUAUUGCUCUGUAACUUAUGUGGAGAAUGAAAGGAGUAAAAAAAAUAUUGUUGCCUUUAAA